UUUUUAUUUCAUCGUUUUUUUCUUGCUUAUCGUUUUAUUAUAAUGGAUCAAACGCUAUGGGUAACCAUCAGCGAGGAGGAAGAACAACAGAUGAUGGCAAUGUGGCCGGACAUUGUUCAUGAUAUCACGAAAGAGAUUGAGAAUUCUAACAUUCCAGAUGUUGCUAAAUGGGCGGAAAAAGUAUUACAGUAUACUGUUCCAGGAGGAAAGAAAACUCGCGCUUUUGCGUUAAUUAUUGCUUAUAAAUUACUAGCACCAAGUGAUCAACUAACAGAAGAAAAUAUUCGUCUUAUACGAAUUUUAGCAUGGUGUCUGGAAUUGUUCCAAGCGUAUUUAAUUGUGAUCGAUGAUAUACAAGACCGAUCGUUACUACGCCGAGGCAAACCAUGUUGGUAUCGAUACAAUGAUAUAGGUCCAGCGGCAAUCAAUGAUGGUCUACUUUUACAAACUGCUAUGUUUUAUCUAAUUCGAAAAUAUUUUAAAGAGAAAGAUUAUUACAUUAAUCUACUAGAAAUGUUCUACGAUAUCGGAUUCAAGACAAUAAUAGGUCAAAGUUCAGAUUUGUUCUCUACUAAUUUCGGCAAGAAACCUAAUCUGGAUCUAUUUACAAUGAAUCAAUAUAAUUCCAUUGUUAAGUACAAAACUUCGUAUUAUUCUUUUGUUUUGCCAAUAAUCGCAGCUAUGCACAUAGCUGGAAUAAAAGACCACGAGAUGUUCAGGGAAGCAAAAACCAUAUUAUUUAAAAUGGGGAACUUGUACCAAAUCCAAGAUGAUUAUUUGGGUUGGCUUGGAAAGUUUGAUGUCUGUGGUAAAGAUACUACUGAUAUUCAAGAGGGAAAAUGUACAUGGUUUGUUGUUCAAGCUCUUCAACGUGUUACUCCAGAGCAGCGUAAAAUAUUAGAAGAAUGUUACGGAGAUUCAGAUCCAGAGAAAGUACAUCGUGUGAAACAGCUUUUCACUGACCUUGGUUUGCUAAACACUUAUUCUACAUAUGAAGAAGAAACACACAACUUACUAAAACAACAUAUAAAGCAGAUGUCAUGUGGGCUUCCACAUAGUCUCUUCUUAAGUAUAUUAUGGAAGCUUUAUCACAGAAUGUCAUAAAAUAAUCGUAUACAUGGAAAAAAUUGAUAUUUUAAUACUUUAUGUAUUAAUUUUUUAUCGUUAAAAAAAUUUUAAAA